AUGAUGGAACAAAGUGAAGAAGCAUUCCAAUUAAAAAUGGAAAAUGCAACAAAAAAUAAAAAAUUUGAUUCGUGGGAAAGUAUCGUAAAAGUGUUCCAAGACAACAAUGAAAUCCAAAAAUUUGCUCAUCGUUCGAGUGUUACAGUUACUUAUAGAAAUAAGCAUUUAAAGAAAGCAAACAAAAGAUUAUUGCAUAAAAAACUUAAAUAUUAUUCAAUUAAUCGAUACUGCAAAUUGAAGGGAGAAUCCAAAUCAGGCAUUCACAGAAAACGUGAUGAUGAUGACGACGAAGAUGAUCCUGAUGCUACUGCUGAUGAAGAUGACGAUGAUACUGAUGAUCAAGGCCAGUCAAAUAAUAAAAAAACAUCUAAAACCAAAGAACCAGCACCUAAAAAGUUCAAAAAAAUGAAGAAAGAACUUCAACAAAAAAGAAAACGUGAUGAUGAGGACGACGAAGAUGAUGCUGAUGCUACUGCUGGUGAAGAUGACGAUGAUACUGAUGAUCAAGGCCAUUCAAGUAAUAAAAAAACAUCUAAAACUGAAGAACCAGCAUCUAAAAAGUUCAAGAAAAUGAAAGACGAAAUUCAACAAAAAAGAAAACGUGAUGAUGAUGACGACAAAGAUGAUGCUGAUGCUACUGCUGGUGAAGAUGACGAUGAUACUGAUGAUCAAGGCCAGUCAAGUAAUAAAAAAACAUCUAAAACCAAAGAACCAGCACCUAAAAACUGGUGCAGCAAUAACAACAUCAAUUACAUCAACAAAACACCAACAUCAACAACACAAGCAAUUAUCACAGCUGGCAUAACUACUACAACAACAACAGUAUCAACAACAAUAACUGCAGGUGAUUAUUUUACAGAUGCAUUGGAAAUUAGAAAAUUAUCAGAAUCAACCAAAGCAUCUGUUGAUAAUGGAUCAAAAGUAACUGAAACAUUACAAUCAAUUGUAUUACCAUCAUCAACACCAUUAACAAUAACGUCCACUAAAAAAUUGUAUCAACACAGUGAUGAAAGUACUGCCAAUGAUAAUGAAAAUGAUGAUAAAAUAAAAGAUUAUGUCGAAACGUGGAGUGAUAAUUCUAGUGAAACUAGCUUUCAUUUUUCUGUUGACACAGAUAAUGAAGAUGAAAUAAAAAAGACAUAUGGAGAUCAAAUGCUAGAUGAUGAAAAAGCUGGAAGUGAUGUUAAAGAAAAAAAAAAUCAAAUUCCAUCAUAUUCUAAUAAUGGUACAACUACAACAACUGUUGCAGCAACAACAUCAACAACACAAGCUAUUACUACAGCUAGUGUUACAACUGCAACAACAACAGUAUCAACAACAAAAACUGGGAUUAUUACUGAUAAAGAUGCUGUUGAUAUAACAAUGACAAAAGAAGUUGGAGUUAUUAUUGAGCAAAGUAAACAAAAUCAAGAUGCAUUGGAAAUUAGAAAAUUAUCAGAAUCAACCAAAGCAUCUGUUGAUAAUGGAUCAAAAGUAACUGAAACAUUACAAUCAAUUGUAUUACCAUCAUCAACACCAUUAACAAUAACGUCCACUAAUAAAUUGUAUCAACACAGUGAUGAAAGCACUGCCAAUGAUAAAGAAAAAGAAGAUAAAGUAAACGAUUAUGUCGAAACUUGGAGUAAUAAUCCUGCUGGAAGUGAUGUUCAAGAAAAAAAAAAUCAAAUUCAAUCAUAUAUCAGAUGUACUAAUAAUAGUACAUCUACAACAACUGGUACAGCAACAACAUCAACAAAAACACCAACAUUAACAACACAAGCAAUUACCACCGCUUGUGUAACAACUGCAACUGCAACAACAACAACAACAACAACAACAGUAUCAACAACAAAAACUGGGAUUAUUGCUGAUAAAGAUGCUGUUGAUAUAACAAUGACAAAAGAAGUUGGAGUUAUUAUGGAGCAAAGUAAACAAAAUCAAGAUACAAAUGAAAAUAAUAAUUCAAGUUUGGAUAAUACGAGUGUUAAUACAACACGACAACAACAUCAACAACAACAAGAUUGUCAAAAAGAAAAUGUAUCAACAGUAAUUGGAACAAUACAAUCAGUUGUAUUACCAUUAUCAUCAUCAUUAACAAUAAUAACAUCUGCUAAUAAUUUAGAUCAACAAAAUGAUGAUAAAAAAAUAAUUGCUGAUAGUCCACAAACAUCAUCAGCAGCAACUGCAACAACAACACAAUUAGCUAAACAUGAAAAAGAUAAUGUAAGCAUUAUGAAUGAUAAAGAAAAAAUUAAUGAAAAUAAAAUAAAAGACGGUGGAAAAACUUGUGGUGAUGGUGAUAGCAUCAACAAAUUGCAAAAAAAGCAAGAACAUUUUAUAGAAGAUAAAGAUGAAAAUAAGGUGAAAGAAAUAAAAACGAUAAACAUCAUUUCUUUUAAUGCUGAAAACUUGAAAGUUAAAAACUUAGCAGACGUCAGAAAUUUAAUGAUAAAACUGAAGGCAGAUAUAUAUGUAGUUCAAGAAUCAAAGCUAUCACAUGCUAUGCUCUCAUCGUCUCUUCAUAUACCUCUGUACGAGAUUCAAUCCGAAAAUUUAGGCACGACAACUAUUCCAUGUACCAUGGCAAUUUUCACACUUCAAAAAGGAUUAUUAUUACAAGGACCUGAUAAUAACAAAAACUUUUCACUAAUUGAAUUUGACAACUUUUUUCUAAUUAAUGUGAAAUCAAACAUCAAAAAACCAAAAACAAUAGUUAAUUAUGCUGAAAAACUUGAAGAAGAAAAGCCAGUAAUAAUUUGUGGUCGUCUGGACAUGAAGAGAACAAAAUCACAAUUAUUUAAUGUGUUUGCCAAAGAAAAAUCUAAAUUGUACGUGUCUAAAAACAUGAAAAAGAAUAUUAAGAAAACAGAGGUCAUUACACUACGUGAUGAUCAUGUCGAAAAGUUGUAUUCUCUCACCUUGACACCAAAAAUAUAA